UCUCUCUCUCUGUGUCCCUCUGUGUCCCUCUGUGUCCCUCUGUGUCCCUCCAGGAGAGCAGCCGUUCCGCUCUCUAGCAGCGUACGGAGCCUCCAAGGCAGCUCUCAACCUGUUCAUCAACACACUGCGCCACGAAAUGGAACCCUGGGGGGUCAAAGUGUCCACCAUACUGCCAUCCUCAUACAAGACAGGUCAGUCCGGUAACCAGGAGUACUGGGAGCGUCAGUACAAGAACCUGAUCCACAACCUGUCCGCAGGCCUGCUGGAGGAGUACGGGGAGGACUACAUCCACGAGACCAAGGAGCUGUUCCAACGCUUCGCCCAGUCGGCUAACGAGGACCUGUCGCCGGUCAUCAACACCAUCAGCGAGGCGCUGCUCUCCCCCCGGCCUCUGGUCCGAUACUACGCUGGACCCGGCGUGGGCCUCAUUAACUUCCUUUAUAGUUAUUUCCCUCUGAGUCUCUCAGACAAGUUCCUCCAGAGACUAUUUGUCCAGAAGAAGAUCAUCCCACGAGCGCUGAGGAAAGAGAACAACAACAUCAACAACAACAACAACGAGGAGAAGAUAGAGAAGUAAAAACAACGAGAUGUUUGUUUUGGAGGUUUAAUAAAAAGUGGAAGCUGUCAGACCGCUUCCGUCAGGUGAAACACACUCAUAGUGUGGGUGGUCUAUUUCUGUUUGAAUAUUGUGGUUUUAACGUUGGUGUUCAUGAUGAAGGCCUCGUUAUAUUGAUGUUUAUAUUGACGAAGGGGGUCGUUGAAGAUGUAUUUGAGUGGCUUCCCCUCCCGGUAGACGGCAGACACCAACAUAGCUGGCACACAGAGUCAUGUAUUUAGAGAGUUUGGCCCAACGUUUUGGAAACGGGACGACAUGUUAACAUGCUGUAUGGUUUUGCUGGCACCAACACGGCUGGCACCAACGCGGCUGGCACCAACGCGGCUGGCACCAACGCGGCUGGCACCAACGCGGCUGGCACCAACGCGGCUGGCACCAACGCGGCUGGCACCAACGCGGCUGGCACCAACGCGGCUGGCACCACAGAGCACCUGGAAAUACACCAGUCUGUCACAUCACCUGGAAAUACACCAGUCUGUCACAUCACCUGGAAACACACCAGUCUGUCACAUCACCACAGAUCCCCUGGAAAUACACCAGUCUGUCACAUCACCUGGAAACACACCAGUCUGUCACAUCACCUGGAAACACACCAGUCUGUCACAUCACCUGGAAAUACACCAGUCUGUCACAUCACCUGGAAACACACCAGUCUGUCACAUCACCACAGAGCACCUGGAAAUACAUCAGUCUGUCACAUCACCUGGAAACACACCAGUCUGUCACAUCACCACAGAUCCCCUGGAAAUACACCAGUCUGUCACAUCACCUGGAAACACACCAGUCUGUCACAUCACCUGGAAACACACCAGUCUGUCACAUCACCACAGAUCCCCUGGAAAUACACCAGUCUGUCACAUCACCACAGAGGUCUGGAAAUACACCAGUCUGUCACAUCACCACAGAGCACCUGGAAACACACCAGUCUGUCACAUCACCUGGAAAUACACCAGUCUGUCACAUCACCUGGAAACACACCAGUCUGUCACAUCACCUGGAAACACACCAGUCUGUCACAUCACCUGGAAACACACCAGUCUGUCACAUCACCUGGAAACACACCAGUCUGUCACAUCACCUGGAAACACACCAGUCUGUCACAUCACCACAGAGGUCUGGAUUCAAGGACCUUAUAGAUGUUCCAUUAUGUUUGCUGAUGUUGUUUUUAAUUUGAACUGUUAGUCGCUGUGCGUCUCUUUGUAUUGUGUUUUUCACUCCACUGAAGGUUCUUCUUCAAUCAGAGUAGCGAUGCCAGUUCUUUUUCAUCAAUCACUGAAACUGUGAAUUUUACUAUAAAAAAAUAUUCUUAAAAAUAUUGUUAAAAAAAAAUGUACAUUUUUUUCACCCAUUGUUCACCAAACUUUGGUAAUAUUAAAAGUUGACUUUUUAAAAA